AUGGCAGCAGCAGUUGCCUCGAACGGCGACGUUCAGCAGAUCACAAAAGACCUGCAGGCGGUCAGCAUCGACUACAGCAGCCUCAACCCGCUCAGCCCCGAAGUCAUCGCCAAACAGGCCACCAUCAACAUCGGAACCAUCGGCCAUGUAGCGCACGGUAAAUCGACAGUGGUCAAGGCCAUCUCGGGUGUGCAGACGGUUCGAUUCAAGAACGAGCUGGUGCGAAACAUUACCAUCAAGCUCGGAUACGCCAACGCCAAGAUCUACAAGUGUGAGAGCGAAGAGUGCCCGCGUCCACAGUGCUACAGGUCAUAUCCCUCGGACAAGGAGGAUCACCCGGACUGCGAGGUUCCUGGUUGCAGCGGCAAGAUGAACCUGCUUCGUCACGUUUCCUUUGUCGACUGUCCCGGUCACGACAUUCUCAUGGCCACCAUGUUGAACGGUGCUGCUGUCAUGGACGCUGCAUUGCUCUUGAUUGCCGGUAACGAGUCGUGUCCCCAACCCCAGACCUCGGAGCACUUGGCCGCUGUCGAAAUCAUGAAGCUCCAGCACAUCAUCAUCCUGCAGAACAAGGUCGACCUGAUCCGCGAACAGGCCGCAGAGGAGCACUGGAAGUCGAUCAUCAACUUUGUCAAGGGAACCGUGGCGGAUGGCGCACCGAUCGUGCCCAUCUCGGCGCAGCUCAAGUACAACAUCGACGCGGUCAACGAGUACAUUGUCAAGCGCGUGCCCGUGCCCGUUCGCGAUUUCACAUCGCCACCACGCCUGAUUGUGAUCCGAUCGUUCGACGUCAACAAGCCCGGUGCCGAGGUGGAGGAGCUGCGCGGCGGUGUUGCUGGUGGCUCGAUCUUGUCCGGAGUGCUCAAGAUGGGACAGGAGAUUGAGGUGCGCCCGGGUAUCGUGACCAAGGACAACGAGGGCAAGAUCCACUGCAAGCCCAUCUUCUCGCGUGUCGAGUCGUUGCUUGCCGAACACAACGACUUGCAAUUCGCUGUUCCCGGUGGUUUGAUCGGCGUGGGAACCAAGAUCGACCCCACGCUGUGCCGUGCCGAUCGUCUGGUGGGUCAGGUGCUCGGUGCAGUGGGCCAGCUGCCCGCGAUCUACACCGAGCUCGAGAUCAACUACUUCUUACUCCGCCGCCUGCUCGGCGUCAAGUCGGACGACAAGAAGCAGACCAAGGUGCAGAAGCUCGCCAAGAACGAGGUGCUCAUGGUCAACAUUGGCUCCACCAGCACGGGCGGCAGGGUGAUGAGCGUUAAGGCUGACUUGGCCAAGAUCUUCCUCACCAGCCCGGCGUGUACCGAGGUCGGCGAGAAAAUCGCCCUCUCGAGGCGAAUCGACAAGCACUGGAGGUUGGUCGGUUGGGGCACCGUCCGUCGCGGUACCACUUUGGAGCCCGAGAGCAACUGA